UUCAGGCCACUCACCGCCUUAGCACGGUUUAGUCCGCCUACAACAACUUUAUUCAAGGUGUUCAUCUCUCUUGAGGGAGAAAGAAGUGAAUGAAGUUUACACUGAGGAGCUGUUCAGUGCACGGAGGAAACGGCUGAGAUGACACCUUUGAUGUUUAAAGAUGCUUUCUGGGGGUCCAACUUCACCUGCCAUGCCGGGUACGACGCCGUGAUCCAAAGGUUGCAAGAUGGGAAGCAAAUGUGUAAAGAUGUGGAGGAGCUUUUAAAGAUGAGGACGCUAGCGGAGGAGAAGUAUGGAAAGGAACUGGUGACUAUCGCUCGCAAAGCGGCAGGACACACAGAGAUCAGCACCUUGAAAGCCUCUUUUGAACGAUUAAAAACAGAAAUUGAGAACGUUGGUAGCUUUCACAUCCAGCUGUCCGAUAUAUUGAAAGAGGAGGUGAAAAAGAUUGAGACAUUCAGAGAACGCCAGAAAGAACACAGGAAGAAGUUCCAAAGCAUCAUGGAGAAGGUUCAGAAGAAAAAGGUUUCUUUGUACAAGAGGACUGUAGAAUCUAAGAAGAACUAUGAGGCGAGAUGCAGAGAGGCGGACGAGGCAGAACAGGGGGCCGAGAAGACAACUACUUCCUGCAAAAACUCAGAAAAGAUGCGUAACAGGGCUAAGCAAUGCAGACAGGCAGCCAAUGAAGCAGAGAAGCUAUACUCUACCAACAUUGUUCAGCUAGAGAGUGUUCGCAACGACUGGGUGGAAACACACAAAAGCACCUGCGAGGUGUUCCAGCAAAUGGAGGGAGAUCGAAUCCGCAUGCUCAGGUGUUCUCUCUGGGACCACUGCAAUCAUCUGUCCAUGCAGUGCGUCAAAGAUGAUGAGUUCAUGGAGGAGGUGAGGCAGCUACUGGAAAAGUGUGACGUCACCACGGACAACAACUACUUCAUAGAGAUGAAAACCACAGGAUCGAAGCCUCCAGAGCCCUUAUUGUUUGAAAGCUACUACCGGACGAACACGUCCCGGGACAGCAAUCCAAGCCGAGCUCACGUUGCCGUCGGUGAAGAAGACACCGUGAUGAGGUGCUUUGGUCCCCUUUUCAUAAGUGCUGGGAACAGCAGCGUCGACAGUCUUCAAAACUCACACCAGUCACCAGUCGCUCCCUCUAACGAGUCUGAUGCUUCAGAUGGCGGCUACGCGCCCCUACUAGGCCUCCAGUAUGCAGCAUCCUCAGCCACAGUUUCAGCUGAUGUUUCAAAUGGAGGCUACGCGCCCCUACCAGGCCUCCAGUAUGAUGCAGCAUCAACGGCCACAGUUUCAGCUAAUGCUUCGGAUGGAGGCUACGCGCCCCUAAUAGGCCUCCAGUAUGAUGCAGCAUCAACGGCCACAGUUUCGGCUGAUGCUUCGGAUGGAGGCUACGCGCCCCUACCAGGCCUCCAGUGUGAUGCACCAUCAUCGGUCACAGUUUCAGCUGAUGAAGAAAGCUACGUCGCACUUUAUGAUUACGCCGGCCGGGAAGAGGACGAGCUGUCUGUCAGUCGGGGCGACGUGGUCCGAGUGUUGGAGCAAGGGGAAGAUGGCUGGUGGACGGCGGAGAGGAACGGGCAGACUGGACUGGUGCCAGGAAACUAUCUGGGAAAAAUCUGAACGACUCACCAGAGCUGAACGUUUGGAUGGAACGUUUUGAAACAGCAUCCAGUGACUCUGCUUCUCAGUAUGUGUUUUUUUUUCCACAAAAGUCUAAUGAGCAGAUGAGGUUCAUACGCUGUUGUUAGAAGAGUGACCAGUAUUGUGCAGGAGCACUCCAUGUUCAACGUUACAACCACAGCAUACCUUCGGCCGGCGCAAAUGAUACAAUUUGACAUUUGUCUUAAUGUGCCAGCGUCAUUUAACCUUUUACCUCUUUUAGCAACGUGUACAAUAAUCCAACUGGUCAGGUUCCUCUUCUCCAUUCCCCGCUUGCGUUGACCAUUUGGGUAGCUAGAUAAUUAUUCUCCUCCAUUGAUACUUACUGCAUUUGUGUUUGGGAUUUCCUUCCGAAAUGUUCCGUUGUUCUUAGGCGCCAGUCCUUGAACAGUAUUAUGUUGAUCUCCUGUUUGGAUUACAACCAUAAUCUGCACCUGGUGGGUCGUGAGGUGUUUGAUGCAGUUGUUCCUCAAAAGGCAGACUUUCCAAAGUGUGCCAUAGGAGAUGAUGCACCUAACUGGUGGGUCGUUGCUGUGAGAUGGUUUUGUUUUGCAUUGGAUAGCUUGUGAUGUCAUAGAGCAUAUUUAGCAAAGAUGGCGCGUAUAAUGAUGAGAAACAGCAGGCGAUGUUCUCUGCUUUGCUUUAUCAGUUAUUUUUCCCAAUAAAUAUAUUAACUCAAUCCGAAUAAGGUCAGUAAACUAUGCCUAGCAUACAGAUUUGAUCUAAUAGGAAGGAACUUUUAUAGUUCCUGUUUAUACAUUGAAGCUGAAAAAAGGUUUUGUGGCAUUUCCUCAAUGCUAAAUAUGUGUUUGAAUCGGGGCGGAUUGAAAGUUACAAUACAUUUUAUGUCUGCGGUUCAUUGGGGGCUUGUAACUGCUGGGUAGAACAAAUGUCACAAAAAAGUAUUAGAAAAUAAACUGUAUAGCCCGUAUAUGUCUACACACACUCAUGUGUCAUGCAACUGACGUUGUUUUAUCCGGCAAUACACAUUCAUGUAAAUUAAAUUAAACAGCCAUGUUGAAAUGUAUGACUUUAUUUCUAUCUUGAAUGUUCUACAGGGUAUAGCUCAUUUUGUUCGUCAUGUUUUACUGCGGCACCAGCUAAAUGUCUAGGGGUCAACUU